AUGCGCCCAUCCCUGAGCCUGCUGGCUGUCGCCCGUAGCCAGCCCCCGAGGCUGAAGAAGCCGGCUGUGAGUCUGGAUCAUUUCAUCCAGAGACAGCGAGUCCUGGCAUUCUGGCGUGAGAUCGUGCGCGCAUUAAACAAAAUCCCGCCCUCGUCUACCCGAACGGAGCUGCAUAGCUAUGCGCGGCAGGAGUUUGAGCGGCAUCGCGAGGUGACGGACUUGCAACAUAUCCGAUACUUGCUUUCGACAGGCAAGUCCGAGUUCGAGACUAUGAGACGAUACAUCGACGAGCAGGUGGUUGGGUAA